UGUAGUAUUUUUCAGUAUUUUUGGAAAGGCGUUAUGAGCAGUAUUGCGGUUCCCGCACUUGCAUAAUUCUAGUUGUAAAUACAGUUGUUAAUAUGUUGCAGGCUAUAAGGACGCUUCGCUGGAUACAGCCAGUGCGUGCUCUGUCCUCCGUGACCACUAGUCCCGGCGUACAAGCCAAUCUUCCACCUGCGACACCCGCUCCGGAACCGGAUAAACUCUAUAGCAAGCUGGAGAUUGAGCUGCGUGGUAUUGAUCCGGCGGUUCUGAAGAGCUACACCUGGUUCGCCACUACGGCUGCCGAGCAUUUGGGCAUUGAAAAGGGCAAAUGUUGGUCACCUCGCAAGGCGCACCACGAGCGGAUGACGCUCCUGAAGUCGGUGCACAUCUAUAAGAAACAUCGUGUACAGUACGAGGUGCGAACCCACUUCCGCUAUAUGAACUUCCACAAGCUGACGGGCUCCACGCUGGACACCUUCCUAGAGUACAUUGAACGAAAUCUGCCCGAGGGCGUGGCGCUGCAGGCUUCCAGGACUGAGCUCCAGCAGAUCCCAGAGCACUUGCGACAGCCGCCGGAGCAAGUGUAGCUGAAGUCAAUUCGACAGUAGUCCAUAGUUAUUAAAAGUUCAAUAUGAGCUUGAGAUUAGGCUAAUACGAACAGAAGCACCAACAAUUUGCACGGUAAUCGUCCGCAUUCGGGCCCCGUUCGCGAUUAGCGAAGAUAAGUUUUUGUCAAAAUAUUAAAAUAAAAGUCGUAUCUUGACACACACAAUGGGA